CGAUGAUGAGCGACCACUGCGACUGACUCGAGUCUCCGUGCAGCAAAUCAGACAAUAAUACAAUUUUAGUAUUUUACAGAUUGCAUUUGUGACUUUUGACACCUCAAAGAGUCCAAGUUGCACAUGAUGGCUGAUUCAAAGCAAGAUGAGUCUGGUGCCCUCACACUUAGGUAUUUAGGACAAGUACUUGAUGUCUUGCUUGAUCCAAAUAAGAAAAUCGUGGAUGAUACCAGUCUGCAAAGAUUGCUGGAGUACUGCAAGAAAACCUUCAGUUGCAAAGAGAUAUGCCAAGAGGAGGAAGGCUUGAAGCAUGUCUUUGACUUCUUGGAGGCUUGCUGUGCGAGAGAUCCUAGUGAAUUUGACCCUUGUGCUUUGACCUUUGCACUUCAGCUGAUCCGAUGUUUGACACCCAAUCCGGAGCUCAUGGACCGAUUGAUGGUAAACUUUGAUGAACAGUCACAAAUACAAGGAGGAGCACAAGGAUGCCUAUUGGUGAAGCUGUUGAAGAGAGCGAGUAACGGAGACUUCUUCUCAGAUCCAUGCAUGAAGGAAGCAUGGCUUACCAUGCUACUGAACCUCAGCAUUAUCAAUCAAUUCUGGACAAUAUGCAUUCAAACAGAUGCAUUACGGAUAGCAAUGGAACUCCUGAAAGACACCAGCAUGUUUGUGGUCAAGUCAUCUCAGAAGUUCCUUGCUCGGGUAUUGCUCCUACAAUACAAACACAAUGCCCAGGGACCUUGCCUCGAUCCGCCUCAAACGCCUCAAACGCCACAAACGACCGAAUCCACUCAUGAUCAAGAAGCUGGCAGCUCACAAGCAACGGUUCAGGAGUGUAAAGAUGAGGCGUUAACUGUGUUGACGGAACCUGUCCAGGUUGAUGCAAAGCUCAAUGGUGGUGAUGCUCCAGGAGAUGACUGUGAAAGCGUGAAGCGCAAACUUGAUGAAGCCACUGCAGGGAAAGAAUCCACAGAUACCCCCAGCAAAAAAUUGAGAGUAUCCACCUGCCGUGGUGAUGCUGAAAACACCCGCGACAUGGAGGUCAUCGAACUUUGCGAGAGGCUGAUGGAGUCCAAGGAGGCAGCCUCCAUCCUUGCAAGUCUGUUGCUAGAUUUAGAGCCCUCUGACAGCCAGCAGCAGACCUUACUCCAGGUCUCCAAGCCUUCUGACAGUGACGUGAAUACCAUCCUCAGUCUGGGUGUGUUCAGGUGUAUACUCAACGAUGCUUCUCAGGGAGACGCCUCCUCUAGGACAGCGCACUUGCUUAGGGACAUUGCCAUGGCAACAAGAUGCAAAAAACUUCUCAUUGCUGAGAGGAAGCUCUCCGAUAACUUGUGUGAAGAUGUUGUGGAGUUCUUUGGAUGCCUCUUUAAACUUGAAAGCGAACCAUGCUCUCAGAGAUCGUCAUCACUCCUGUUGGAUGUCCAGUUUCUACCUUCCGAGUUGACCAGAAGAGGUCUUGUCAAACCUGCCAUUCAUCUUGCUCUGAGGAUCGUAAAGCUGUGGAGUACCAUGAAACAAAGUUCUCUUGUUGAUGAUGCUUGUUCUUUGAAGAGCAGCUGGACUGUUUUGUUUGGUCCAUUUUGUGCCAUACUUGAUGGAAGCCUAAGGAAGGCUAAGGAGACGUUUGACCAAGAUGUCUUACAAGAACUUACCGUUCAGAUGGCUAAUGGACGACAGUCUCCUUCCAUUGUAUGCACCUCAGCAUCUGCUCUUGGUGAUCUUGUCAAGGAGGGACAAGACUUUCCAUGUCUACCUCCCUACUCAGUCUUCCAUUCAGCGGUGGUACUGCUUCACGCCGUCACUCCCAAUGCAAAGAAAACGUUCUACUCAAAAGCAUUGCUUCCCGAUUACAAAUCUCUGGUUGGAUCAAGAAAGAUUAUGACAUCAUUGCUAGAUCUUGCUCAAACCAGUAUAUCAGUCCAUUCAGGAAAUUGUUGGACUCUGGACAUCUGGUUGCUUGUUGAUACCAUCAACACCAUUCUCAAGAACCCUGAUGCAGACUACCAGGUUGUCCUGAAAAUCUUGGCAGUUGUCCCUGAUCUGGUAUCAGUUUCCAUGGAAACAGAUGAACAUCCUGUCUCCAUCGAGAACACAAAGAGAGAGGCCCUUUUGAUGGAGGUUGGCUAUGGUCUUCAGAAACGAAUGUGUAACAUCGAAUGGGAAGUCAGAGAUUCGACAAUAACAUGUGUGGGAAAGCUGCUGCAGAAAAACACUGAUGCUGUGAAGAAAUGGCUGAAGCGCAACGAUCUGCAUGUCAGACUGUGGGAGAGUCUAGAAGACAGCGAAAGCUAUGUUAGGUCAAGCACGCUUCAAGCACUUCCUGUCCUCCAAAGCUGCAAAGGAUUGUGGGAACACGUUUUGUCCUGCAGUCGUAUUACACUGGUGGAGGUCGUUGCUAAGCUAAGAGAAAUCAUCAAAACUGACAGCGAAGCCUUCCCAAGGAGAGCUGCCAUCGGAUGUCUUCUAACAUGGCUCAAAGAUGAACCUUGGAUGCAGGAUGGUAUCAAGGAUGUCCUCACAGCUGAGAGCAAGGAGAAAUCGUCACAAUUGCUUCAGGAUGGCAAAGGCACUAGUAGUAUGGUCAAGGACAGCUUGGGGUCAAGUAUGCAGGGCCAAGGUAUAAAGGACGUCAUGACUGAGAGCAAGAAGGAAUCAGCACCAUCUAUUCAGGAUGACACAGUUAGUAUAGUAAAAAAGGACUGUGGUGCAAGUAUUCAAAGCCAAGGUAUCCAGGACACCUUGACAGAGAGCAAGGACAAACCGGCACCACCGUUUCAGGAUGAUGCAGUUAGUGUGGUCAAGGAUGACCUAAGUAUGCAAGGCCAAAGAACAGCAGACGGUAAGAGUAUUACUACGACCACCGAGAUGAAUGAGAUAGAUAAUAUGAAGAAGGAUGGUCCUGAGGCAAAGGUUGAGGAUGCUACUAUGACAUUGGGUGAGCUGGUUCUAGAUGCAGUCUCCAUGGCAACAUGUGACUUUGAUUGGGAGAUAAAGCUACGUGCUCUUGACUUCUACCUCCACCUCAUGACUCGGUAUAUUCCAGGUUACGACUCUGCAGUCACCUCCUCUUCGUUAGACCCCCAUUUCGCAAUGCAAAGGACAAAGCUUGAAGAACUUCUCGCAGGGAGGGACCUGAGGUUGGUGGUGACUUUUUUCACCAGGACUGGAUGCUUGGCUAGGUUGGCGCAGGGAAGUGGUGAUGAGGACGUGAGCGUUGCGCGUAAAGCCUGCGAGAUGCUGCAGAGCUUGAAAGUGGCUCUUGGCACUCUUUUCAAGGAAAGGGAUUCUUCCGCUCAAAGAGACAGGACUGAGAAUAGUAUUUCAAGUGAUGAGAAUGUCCAACCCUCUAUUAAUAAGCAAUCAAAGAUUAGCAGCACAGAGAAGAAUGGCAACACUGUGACACAAGAAGAAAUCAGUGCGACGGGAGCUCCAGACAUCCCAAUGGAAGGUAGCUGUAGUGACUUUGACAGACGAUCUCUGUGUGACUUGCUUGUACAAUUGUUUGAAAGUGAUUGGAAUGCACUAUUAAAAGAAAGAGAAUCAGAUAAUGUGGAGGGACCUGUGUCUCUCAUGAUGGAUAUUCUCGCUGCAGCUGAUAAAAAAGAUGAAAAUCUCUUAGACUGCUAUUGAAAUAUGCAAUUUUGUCUUUUGUUAGGAAAUAUCUUUUCUAAGAGGAUCCAAUAAGACUUGAAGUCAUGCUUAUAUUUCCAGUCUACUGCGGUAUGCAAAGCAUCAGCACAAUCAGAUCUUGAUCAGAUGACAUCUAGUUUCAUAAUUGAUUUCUUAUUUAUUUGAUUGAUCUAUAAACUUUUCAUGUAGGAAUUUAAUUUUAUGUAUAUAUUUCUUUCUUUUUACAAUGCCAUCACAAACCUUUGUCAAUCAUGAUUAUGCUAAAAUAAAUUGAUUUCAUCCAAUGAAAGCAAAAUACGAAUGUAUUUGUAAAGUGUAUGAAUUAGGUGAGAAAACUACAUUUGCAAUGAAAUUUUACUCAAAUCAAGUUUUUGAGCAAGAUUUGGUUCAGGAAAAUGUUGAGGGGUGUUUCAGCAUAAAACCUUACUUUCAGGGAGAAAUGGGGAGGGGGGGGGGGGUCUAGGACAUAGUGUUUCAGAUUAUUUGUAUGAAAUGUGCGAAGAAAUAAAAACGUGUUUCAUGGCAAUUUUCUUCACAGUCCCACACAUCUUUUGAAACCAGAAUGUUGUCACCCAGAUAUUUCAUCUUCAAAGUUGUGUUUCUAACUUGCUCAUUGGAGUAGAUGUUGCUCAGCAAUGUCAUCUCAUGCACAGAAGCAAUUAAAAUUAGGUUUACAGUCAAAAUUUGUACUUAUAUGAUUAUUUUCAUUUCAAAUGAUAAAGUUUUUGUAUGUUUAACCCUACAUAAAAUAUGUAACUUGAAUUCACAUUUGAGUUCCUAGUUGCAUGUGGUACAUUGCACACUGUGAAAUUGGUAAAGUUAUACUUAAAGGCUUCGUACCAACUGCGUAUUCAUAAAUAUCACCAUGUGCUUCGUCCAAAACUUAAUAUAUGAAAUUGAUUCAUUUUCCCAAACUUUAAUGAAUAGUCAAAUGUAUUUUUGACUGAUCGAUUGUUUUGUUUUUUGCAUGAAAUUAGUUAAUUCUUAGUUUCGGUCAAACAUUUCUUUUGUAAAAUGACCCUAACUGUCACACAUGCCUUCAAGUGGAAUUCAUAAUCAUCUUGUAGAUAAUGUGUGUUUUGCCUUUCGAUUUGAAGUACAAGUUUGUGCUCCUCUGAAGAAAAAAAAAGAGAAUCUCAUAAUUUAGAAGCCUGAUUGAAUUCAACAGGGUAGUGAGCUCUGAGUUCUCUGGAAGUGAGUAAGCUUUUGUCUGUUUGUAUGCAUUCUCUGCAUUUCUUUUGUUGAACAUAAAAUUAUGCCGAAUAAAAUCAUGAUCAUAUUUGUGGGUUUUUAUUUUAAUGACGCGAGUAGUAUUGAUUACAAGUUUAAUACUAACUAGGCCAGGUGGGUGUUUCGUAAAGCUGUUCGUA